AUGGCUGUCCGUGCCAAGAGCACUUCGACGCUCCCCACGGAGGCUCCGCCCGCGCCCACCGAGGAGGCCCGCGGCGACUUUGUCCGCCCGCGUGUUGAGGACCACCACCUGAUGUCGAACAAGGAGGUGCCCAUUGCGGAGCCGCAGACCCCUCCGGAGGUUCUCGAGUACGGUGUGGAGCAGGCGCCGAAUGCGCUGGAGACCUGGUCGCAGGACCAGCGGCCGAAGGUCGAUGCCAUGAAGGGCCCGCGCUUCGAGCAGGUCGAUAUGGCGUUCCAGCCCCAGUCUCUGUCGGCCAUGGAGCUCAUCAGCAACGUGCCGAUUCAGAUGACGACGAAGCGCGUCGUGCCGUGCGAUGGUGGCGACGGCCCCCUUGGUCACCCCCGUGUAUACAUCAACCUGGACAAGCCGGGUCCCAAGGGCUGCCCUUACUGCGGUAUUCGCUACCAGAAGGAGGAGCACCACUUCCACUACGUGCCCUAA